GAAUGGCGGAUCGGACUGAAGUACCACCACCGCAGCAGCAACCACAACAACAACCACAACAACCACAACAACAACAGCACUCACAAGAACAGCAAAUGUCGGAUCACGAGCGAGCACUGCACACAAUCGUGUCGCUCGCUGCAGGGAACUCGAUGAUGCAGCGUGCAGCUCAACGGCGAACGACGGCCAACCCCACUCCGCCGACUGCGACAGCGCCAGGUAGCAAUAGUAGUAGCAGUAAUACUAUUGGUAAUAGCAACAGCAGCAGUAGUAGUAGCAGUAGGACGAAUGCAGCAGCAGCAGCAGCAGCGGCAGAUGGCAAUGCAGCGCCACAGCAACCACCUCUUCCUCCUCCUCCUCACCACCAGCAGCAGCAACAGCAACAGCAACACCAACAUCAGCAACAGCAACAGCAGCAGCCAUUCCAAGAGGCCCUCGGGAUUGCAGGGACGGCGCUGGGCAAGCUCGGACCGGACGAGCUCUUCCUGCUGCGACCCGAGCUCGGCGACCGACUCUUCUACACGCUGCAGCUCGAGAAGGCCCGCGAAGGCAUCAUUCCAAUCCGAGUCGAAAUCACGGCGGCGGACGACACGCAACGCGUAUGGUUUGAGAUUGAGAACGACGACCAGUUUGCUACGCUGCUGCACCACAACGAUGCCAUCGCGCUGUUCAACACGAAAGAGUACGAGUUUGCAUACUGCAUGCAGGAUUUGCAGCCGUAUGACGACUACAUUUUCCACCAUGAAGAAGGCACGAACGGCGAGCAGUUGGAGAAAUUCACUCGCCAGCAGCAUACUCUGAGUCUUGUCGAUGCUCAAAAGUUACUGAUGAAGCGCCUCGAACCACAGCUUGGCAAACUGUUGCCAUUGAUCAACGUGCUCGAAGACCGCGAAACGCGACUGGAAGUGUUUAACUUUGACAUAUUUUUUGCAUCAGACACCCAUGUUCUUAUUGGCCGACACAAGUUUAUCAUUUGGGACGAGGUCUCAUUGCGGCAAACCAUUGUUCAACUGAAAGUCUCUGUUGCGCGAUUUUACGCCGCACUCGAGUCCAAUCGUUACGAAGAGUUGGCCCCAUUGCGCAACCGCAUAGUGAAGACCGUCCUGGCUUCCAGAUACUGCUGCCAAGAGGUGCGCGCGAUUGCUCGCGAGGCUGCGGAUUACCUCGUUUUCGGAGACCACGACAACACAACCUGGAUGGAUAUUGCCGAGCAGCUUGUGACAACUCAGCCGUCGCUGGCCGAGCAACUCGUGGCCAUGCAAGCGCUAGCUCAACAGCAUCCCGUGCAAGUGGGGAUUGACGAGGGCAGUGCUGCUCCACAAUCCUGAAUCUGAAAUUCGGUCGAUCGCAUGAAAUACAGGCUUUCGGCUUGACAGCUCUCCCCCUUUUCCGUCCCUUCCCUUUUCCCUGAUAUCUGCGUUGUUGCUCUCCGAUAUUCAAUGACGACCGUCAACGUUCGGAAGCGGAAAUCGCAUCUUGUUCGUUCACCGCCUCGAAUCCGCUUCCAACUCCCUCUCCCCAUCGUCCCUCCCAUGGUCCCGAUGCCACUUUCUAAACAAUAUGCUCCUCUCUAGACACUCUUAUUCCCCUAUCA